AUGGUGGCGCUGGAUGUUGAAAUUUGUUCACAGAUGGGUCGUGAUAUCCUUCAAAGAAACGGAAAUGCUGCUGAUGCUGCCAUAACUGUGGCUCUCUGUAUUGGUUCAGUGAACUCCCACUCUUCAGGCAUUGGCGGUGGCGGGUUCAUCGUUUCGUGGCAAGGAGACGAAACAAUCAGUAUCGAUGCUAGAGAAGCUGCUCCAGCCAAAGCUCACAAGAACAUGUACGAACACUUCCCACUUUUGGCACAGUUCGGUGGGCUCGCGGUAGCAGUUCCAGGAGAAGUGGCAGGUCUCUACGAACUCUACAAGGCUCAUAGCUCGGGUAAUUUUACUUGGGCACAGUUGAUCGAGCCAGUUGUGGAACUCAACAGAAAAGGAUGGGCAGCUGAAGAGAUCUGGAUCUCUUCGUUGCACCGCAUCCACAGAGAGCUUCUCCAGAGGGUGCCGCUUCUCAAAGAUAAGUGGGACUUUAUCUUCAAAGAAAGCGGCGAGAUUGUGGACGUGGGAGAUUGGAUCACACGUCCAGCCCUCGGAGACACGUUAGAUAUCAUAGCCAAAAAUGGAUCCAGUGAUGUUUUUUAUGAUCCACACGGUCCCAUAGCGCCCAAGUUAGCCCUGCGUGCCGCGAAGUGUGGAGGUGUGGUGACAGUUGAAGAUUUCGCAGCCUACAGGCCAGAGACAUCCAAGGCUUUAAAGUAUAAGUUUGACGUUGACGACGACUCUUAUGAGUUGGCCACUUCUGGUGGUGUGUCUUCUGGACUUGCACUUAUUGGAGGCUUGAAUUUCUACUCGGAAUUGGAAAAGACAGCAGGUGGUAGCGAGGAUCCAUUGUCCGCUCACAGGCUCAUUGAGGCUAUGAAAUGGACUGCGAGUGUGAGGUCUAACUUGGGAGACCACAAUGCGACUUUUUUCCAGGAUCUCGUGAAAUGCUUUUCAUCGCGGGAAUGGGUGCAAAAACUCUUAAAGAAUGGCAAGUACUCUGAUGACACAACAACCCGCGGGACAUCCCACUUUUCUGUUGUCGAUGCUCAAGGAGGUGCCGUUUCCAUGACAACCACAGUUAAUUUGAUCUUUGGCUCGCUGGUUUACGACAAUGAUACUGGCAUCAUUUUGAAUGACGAGAUGGACGACUUUUCAAUGCCCAACACACGCAAUGCAUUCAACUUGACGCCUUCCGUGUACAAUUUUAUUGAGCCCUCGAAACGUCCGUUGUCGCUGACAACCCCUACUAUCAUUAAAAAGAAUGGGGAACUCUUUAUGCUUAUCGGCGCUGCAGGAGGUUCUAGGAUCGUCACUGCCGUACUACAGGCAAUUGUCAGAACAGUGUAUGAAAAACUUCCCCUUCUUCAAACCAUUCUGUAUCCACGUUUACACCAUCAACUCAUCCCUGAGUUUGUUAUGGUGGAAGAUGUGGAAAUGUACAAUACCGCGGUACCUGGUAUCGAGAACCUGCUUAACCAGAAAAACCACACACUUUUCCAAUCUGGCGCCUUGACUGCAAUGAACGCUAUCAAGAAAACAGGAGACAUAUGGGAGGGCGUCAGCGACCACUGGAGAAAGCGAGGCGUGGCUGCUGGGUUUUAA